AUGGAUCGUAAUAACUAUUUGUGCUGGAAGUCUCAAUUUCAGGAUAUCCUAGAGAUUCAUGACCUUGAGGAAGUUGUGAAAAGUGAUGCACGACCUGACAAGAAACUAGCAGAUGGAUCCAUCAAUCCCGCCUACUCCAAAGACAAGCUUGUGUUGAGUUGGAUCAAGGCCACUUCAUCCCCACAAAUCAAAACUCUCCUUAUUCCUUGUACGACAGCAUCAGAAGCAUGGUCUCUCCUUGAUAAGAGACUCUCUCCUCUCUCUAAGACUUAUAUUCGUACCCAGCGAGACCAAAUAAGGACCUUGAAGAAAGAAUCAGAAAACACGGUUGCUGAGUACUUGAUGCAUGCCAAAUCCCUCUAUGAUUCUCUUGUUGCGGCUGGAUCUCAAAUGACAGAUGAAGAGCUUAUCGAGGAUGGCUCAGCAGAUCGAUCGACAAAUCAGCAUGAAAAUUCAGAUAGAAGGCAAUACAAUAAUAACCACUCAAACAACAAUUAUCAAGGACAAGGACGUGGCCGUGGACGAGGUCGAGGGUGGUAUUCAAAUCGUGACAGAAACUGGAGUAAUGGUAACAAUUACAAAGACCACAACUGGAACCAAAACAGUCAGAGACGAAGCUGGAAUAAAUCAAACACUGAUCAGCAGCGUGGGAAUUCAUCAUCAGCGAAUUAUUCACAUCAGGUCUCAUCAGAUACUCGUCCUCCAUUGCUCCCAACACCGAUUCAGCAACAAAAUUAUCAGUUUUCAGUGAUUUGUCAACAGUGCAACAAAGUUGGCCAUACCUCAAGGAUCUGUCCAGAACGAGGAAACUUUGCAUACCUUGCUGAAACCAAUAGUGCUGCUGUUUCAUUACCAGGUCAAGUUACUUCACCCAAUCACUCGGUUACAAAUUGGUGCGUUGAUUCAGGGGCAACACAUCACAUGACCUCAGAUCCUUCAUCUCUCUCUAAUGUUCAGCCAUAUACAGGACAACAAGACGGGCAAGGUUCUUCUUACUGGCAGUAGCUAUGGCGACCUAUAUUACAUUCAUACCAGUCCUCAGAUUUCAGAAAAGCUAGUUUUCUAUGGUGAAAGAGCAACUCAGGAUGUGUGGCAUGCUCGCCUUGGUCAUCCCUCAUCUGCAAUUCUCCGUGUGUUAAUUAAUCAGUAUCACCUGCCUAUUAAUGGUAGCAUUGUUUUUAAUAAAGUAUGCCAUGUUUGUCCUCUGGGAAAAUCUUGUCGACUCCCAUUUUUUUAUAGAAAUUCUCAUU